UGCUUUUUGAAUCUAAGUCUGUGGAGGAGCUGUGGAAGCUUGGGACAGGGAUGGCAUCCUGAGUCUCUGAUGCACCUGCUCCUCUCUGAGGCAGAGAAGAGGCCUGAGCCAGACAGGGACAGCAUCAGCAGCACUUCAGAGGGUGCUGUCUAAGACCAUGAAGCCCAGGAAAACCGACUACCUUCUCAUCUUCUACCUCAGUUUCUCACUGCUCAUCUGCAUAAAGAAUUCGUUUUGCAAUAAAAACCAUACCGGGUGCCUCUCAAAUUCUUGCCAAAACAGUUCUGUGUGCAAGGGUUUUCCACAAGACAAUUGUUGUUCGGACAUAGACAGUGAUUUGGUCAAAGACUGUGAAGAUGGGAAAGACCCUUGCUUCUCCAGUCCCUGCCAAGGAAAUGCCACUUGUGUGAGCACCCCAGGAGAAAGAGGCUUCCUGUGCCAAUGUCCUCCUGAGUACAGUGGACUGACCUGUGAAACUGUCAUCGAUUCCUGUGGAGGGAACUCCUGCCAACAUGGCGGCACUUGCCAUAAAGACCCUGCGCACUUGGUCUGUAUUUGCCCUGCUGGAUACACUGGGAGGUUCUGUGAGACAGAUCACAAGGAGUGUGCUUCCAGCCCUUGCCACAAUGGGGCUGUGUGCCAGGAUGGAGUCAAUGGCUACUCCUGCUUCUGUGUGCCUGGAUACCAGGGCCGGCAUUGUGACUUGGAAGUAGAUGAAUGUGUUUCUGAUCCCUGCAUGAAUGAGGCUGUGUGCCUCAAUGAGAUAGGGAGAUACACUUGUGUCUGCCCUCAAGAGUAUUCUGGUGUAAACUGUGAGUUGGAAAUUGAUGAAUGUGGAUCCCAGCCCUGUCUACAUGGUGCCACAUGUCAGGAUGCUCUCGGGGCUUACUUCUGUGACUGUGCACCUGGAUUCCUUGGAGAUCACUGUGAAUUCAACUUUGAUGAAUGUGCCAGUCAGCCGUGUCUCCAUGGAGGUCUGUGCAUGGAUGGAGGAAACAGCUACCAUUGUGACUGCACAGGUAGUGGAUUCACGGGGACGCAUUGUGAGACCUUGAUGCCUCCUUGUUGGUCAAAGCCUUGUCACAAUAAUGCUACCUGUGAAGACACCAUUGACAGCUACAUCUGUCACUGCUGGCCUGGAUACACAGGUGCCCUGUGUGAGAUGGACAUAAAUGAAUGCAGUAGCAACCCCUGCCAAUUUGGGGGUGAAUGUGCCGAACUGUCCUCAGAGGAUCUCUAUGGACACAUUGCUGGCCUGCCUUCCUCCUUCAGCUACCUUGGAGCCUCAGGCUAUGUUUGUAUGUGUCAGCCUGGAUUCACAGGAAUCCACUGUGAAGAAGACAUUGAUGAAUGUCUAUCAAACCCUUGCCAAAAUGGUGGUACUUGUGAGAACCUGCCUGGAAAUUAUACCUGCCAUUGCCCCUUGGAUGACAUUUCUAGGACCUUUUAUGGAGGAGAAGACUGUUCUCAAGUUCUCCUGGGCUGCACUCAUCACCACUGUCUCAAUAAUGGAAAAUGCAUCCCUCACUUUGAAAAUGGCCAGCAUGGAUUCACCUGCCAAUGUCCUUCUGGCUAUGCUGGGUCACUGUGUGGAACUGAUACCACACUUUCCUUUGAGGGCAACGGCUUCCUGUGGGUCACUAGUGGCUCACAUACAACCAGACAGUCAGAUUGUAACAUAUCCUUGAGGUUUCAGACUGUUCAACUAAACACACUUCUCCUUUUCCGAGGCAACAGGGAUAUGUCUAUGAAGCUGGAAUUGCUAAACGGUUGUGUUCACUUAUCAAUACAAGCCCAGAAUCAGUCAAAGGUGCUUCUAUAUAUUUCCCACAACACUAGUGAUGGAGAAUGGCAUUUGGUGGAGGUAACAUUUGCGGGAAUUAUAACCCUUGCCCUAACUGGCAGCUCCUGCAAGGGGAAAUGUACCACCAAGACUUCUUUUCCAGUUGAGAAUCAUCAGUCAAUAUGUGCUUCUCCGAACUCUUUUUUGGGUGGCCUACCAGUGGGAACAACCAGCAACCGUGUGUCUGUGCUUGACAUCUAUAAUGUGCCGUCCACACCUUCCUUUGUAGGCUGUCUCCAAGAUAUUAAAUUUGAUUCGAACCACAUCACUCUGGAGAACAUUUCGUCUAGCUUGUCACUAAAUGUCAAAGCAGGCUGCACGAGAAAGGACUGGUGUGAACGUCAACCUUGUCAAAACAGAGGACACUGCAUCAACUUGUGGCAGGGUUAUCAGUGUGAAUGUGACAGGCCCUAUGCAGGCUCCGACUGCCUGAAAGAGUACGUAGCAGGCAGAUUCGGCCAGGAAGACUCCCCUGGAUAUGCCAUCUUUAAUGUUGAUGAGAAUCAUGGACAGAACGUUAGUCUCUCCAUGUUUGUCAGAACACGCCACCCAUCGGGCUUACUUCUGGCUUUGGAAAACAGUACUUACCCGUAUGUCCGUGUCUGGCUAGAGCAUGGAAGCCUAGCACUGCAAACUCCAGGCCCUCCCAAGUUAGUACUGAAUUUUUUUCUUAGCGAUGGAAAUGCCCAUUUAAUAUCUUUGAAAAUCAAACCAAAUGAAAUUGAACUAUAUGAGUCUUCACAAAACCUAGGAUUUAUUUCUGUUCCUGCAUGGACGAUUGGAAGAGGAGAUGUCAUCUUCAUUGGUGGCCUACCUGACAGACAAAAGACUGAAGUGUAUGGUGGCUUCUUCAAAGGCUGUAUUCAAGAUGUAAGAUUGAACAACCAAAAUCUGGAAUUCUUCCCCAAUUCAACAAGCAAUGGAUACCGUGAUCCAGUUCUUGUCAAUGUGACUCAAGGUUGUCCUGAAGAUAACAUCUGUAAGUCCAACCCCUGUCAUAAUGGAGGUGUCUGCUAUUCCCUGUGGGAUGACUUCUCCUGUUCCUGCCCUACAAAUACGACCGGGAAAGCCUGCGAGGAAGUUCAGUGGUGUCAACUCAACCCAUGUCCUCCCAGUGCACAGUGCCAGCUGGUCCCUCAAGGGUUUGAAUGUAUUGCAAAUGCUGUUUUCAGUGGAUUAAGAAGAGAAAUAUUGUUCAGAAGCAAUGGGAAUAUUACCAGAGAACUCACCAAUAUCACAUUUGGUUUCAGAACACGUGAUACAAAUGUAAUGAUAUUGCACGCAGUAAAAGAGCCCGAGUUCCUUAAUAUUAGCAUUCAAGACUCCAGAUUAUCAUUUCAAUUGCAAAGUGGCAACAGCUUUUAUGUGCUGCAUCUGAUGAGUUUGCAAUUGGUGAAUGAUGGCACGUGGCACCGAGUGACUUUUUCCAUGAUAGACCCACUGGCCCAGACCUCCCAGUGGCAGAUGGAGGUGGACCACCAAACACCUCUUGUGACCAGCGCAAUUGCUACUGGAAGCCUGAAUUUUUUGAAGGACAAUACAGACAUCUAUGUGGGUGACCAAGCUAUUGACAAUAUGAAAGGCCUGCGGGGCUGUCUGAGCACAAUAGAAAUUGGAGGCAUAUAUCUCUCUUAUUUUGAAAAUCUUCAUGGUUUCAUUACUAAGCCUCAGGAAGAGCAGUUUCUCAAAGUCUCUACAAAUGUGGUCCUUACUGGCUGCUUGCCAUUAAAUGCCUGCCAGUCCAGCCCCUGCCUGCAUGGAGGAAGCUGCCGAGACAGCUAUAACUCUUAUCAGUGUUCCUGUCUCUUGGGGUGGUCAGGAACACACUGUGAAAUCAACAUUGAUGAAUGCCUUUCUAACCCCUGUAUCCAUGGCAACUGCUCCGAUGGAGUUGCCGCCUACCACUGCAGGUGUGAGCCUGGAUACACCGGUGUGAACUGUGACGUGGAUACCGACAAUUGCAAGAGUCAUCAGUGUGCAAAUGGGGCCACUUGUGUCAGUGAGACUCACGGCUAUUCUUGCCUCUGUUUGGGAAAUUUUACAGGGAGAUUUUGCAGACACAGCAGAUUGCCCUCGACAGUCUGUGGGAACGAGGAGAGAAAUCUCACUUGCUCCAAUGGAGGCAACUGUACCGAGGUCCAGGAGGACUGGAAAUGUAUGUGCCGGCCAGGUUUCACUGGAGAGCGGUGUGAAGAGGACAUCGAUGAGUGUGCUUCUGAUCCCUGCCUCCAUGGAGGCCUGUGCAGGGACUUGGUCAACAGGUUCCAGUGCAUCUGUGACGUGGCCUUCGCGGGCGAGCGCUGUGAACUGGACCUGGCUGAUGACUGGUUCGUGGGCAUUUUCACCGCCCUUGGCUCAGGGACCUUGGCCCUGUUAUUCAUCCUCUUGCUUGUGGUUGUGGCUUCCCUUAUCUCCUCCAGCAAAAGGGCAACUCAAGGAACCUACAGCCCCAGCCGUCAGGAGAAGGCUGGCCCUCGAGUGGAAAUGUGGAGCAGGAUGCCGCCCCCGGCCCUGGAAAGACUCAUCUAAAAACCUGCUGCUUCUCUGAGAAAGGAAAAGGACACGAUGAGCAAGCACCCUGCUCCUGCCUGAGUGACAGUUUUACAUCACUAGAGCUAGUAACUUACAGCUGGGAUCCCACUGGGACUGUGGGAAGGAUUUCCCUAGCUGCCUUAUAGACCUUCAUGGGGGUUUGCCCUGCAUCACUGUUUGCUUAUGUGAGCCAUUCACAGAAAUAUGUCUCUGUGUCAUGGAUGACAACCUCAGAAUCAGCAAAACAUCCUCCAGACAGAGAACACUGUAUUUUAGAAAAAUUUCAUAAUCUAACUACCCCUUAAACUCUUUACUAGGUGAUCCAGAGAAAAUGCUUAGUAGCCAAGUGCCACGCAUUACAUAGAACCAGAAAGAAAAAUUAGAAAACAAUUUUCACUUUCUUCUUUUUAUUUUGUAGGAAAGUUUUAUUUUUUAAGACAGUGUCUCACUAUGUAAACCAAGCCAGCCUCACAUGGACAUGGACACUCCUCCCUCAGCCUCCUGAACUCUGGGAUUACACAUGUCUGAUCAUGUUCAGCUUAGUUUUGAAUCUUUUAUCAUAUGCUAAAAGAUUCUAAUGGGGCUUGGAGAGAUGACUCACUGGAUAAGCACUUGCUGGAUGAGGGUGAGAACUGGACUUUGGGACCCCAUUACCCACACAAGUGCCAGGUAAGCGUGGCCCUGUCUGCAGUGCUAGGCCUCAGGAAGUAGAGAUCACAGGGGUCAUUGGAGUAAGCUGCUAAACUGUUAGGGCGAGUGAGUUCUGGUCUCAAGUGAGAGAACUUGACUCAAUAUAAAAGGUAAAUAGUGGGUGAAGAAGACACUAUAUGUCAAUGUCUUGCCUAUACGUGCAUGUGCACACAUUUAUGUGUGCCCAAACAUGGGAACAUAUAUACAUACAGACCACACACUGAUGCAACACACACACAUGCAACACACACACACACAUACACACAUACACAAGGGUCUAAUUGUGUGUGAUGAUGAGAGGUACACUUUAGUCCUUCAAUCAUGGAUUUAGAGGAAGUCACAAGAAGAAUGCAUGAUUUAAAACAUGAUCCAACCUAAAAUAAAAUUGAAAUAUGGCUGUUCUCCUGUCUGAGAGUGGCUUUGUUGGUGUUUGGUUGCUUAGUUGGUUGGUGGUUAUUUGUUUAUUUGUUUUGUUUGCCUGUGAUAUUACAUGUAACAAAAGUAACUUGUAAGAACAAUUGAAAAACUGUGAUGAAUUACAUCUUUUGCCUAGAUCAUUUAGAGUCAUGAUUCUUUAUGAAGAUAAUGCAGUCAAGACAUUUCCUAGGUGGAAGUUAAUACAGUAAGGAAAUUGUUAGUCAAGCCUGAAAGAAGAGGCUCUUUCCUUCCAGGGACUUUUGGUAACAUCAGUGAUGGCGCUUAAGUGUAAGGACCCCACAGUGAGAUGGACAUGUGUGCAAAAGCAUCUGAAAGGAGAAAAUAGUGCACCUUCUAUUUGUACAAUGUCUAUGCUGCGAUGGCUGUAUCGUAUGUAUGUUUUGAGAUGUAUGUAACACUAUUAUAGUAUAAUAUAAAUAAAAUGGGGAACUAUGUAUUUCCAGCACAAGCUUUAAAAUGUAAUAACAUAAACUUUAAAUCUGGAAGAAAUCUAUCCUUCCCAACUACUAUUGUUCCAGAAAACCCCCCUUUCUUUUCCUACUAGCAGUUUUUCCACAGUACUAGAAGUCCUAUAACCCCAAGUGUGCAGUCAUAUGACCAAUCACUGGGUUCUCUCCCAUCAACGACUGCUUCCUUUAAACCCUCCUGUUCCUCAGCCUCGGGUGUCAGCCAAGUAUCUGCAGAAGAGUUUUCUGUUUCCUGGCUCCCUUUUCUUUCCUACUCCUUCUCAAGCUCGAACUUUUGCAUCUCCUUCCCACAGCUCAGAUACGUCCACAUCUCCAACAGGCUGACUUCAGCUUCCCUGAGUUUUCAGAUUAGAAUUUGAACCAACUGUCUUACUUCUCACAACACUGUGUAGACACUCUUUUAUCUUGGUCUUGGUCUCACUUCACUUCUCAGCCCCAUAGUUCCUUUUCUGCUUCGUCCCCAUCAGUCUCCACUCCGCUGUUAUCCCCUCACCCCCCACAUCAUUUCUUUACUCGGUUUCAUCUUUUUAGAAUCUAAUCAACUGGAGAAAUACCUUCUGUUCUAGAGGGUUUCUUUUUACAGCCACCUUGAGUAGACUUAACUCAGUGAAAGUGUGAUCAGCGUUUUCCGGAUAAGUGAAUGAGGGAUGCAUCACUGCUGUUCAGCUUGUGCUUGUCAAGAACUAAAUCCCACAUGUACUCAAGUUGCAUGCCUUCUAGCUUCAUCUCUGACUUCCUCUCAAUGGUCAGGAUUGUGUGAAGCCAAACUUCCAGAAGAUAGAUGUCUGCAGAUGUCUACAUGUGUGUUUUGCUAUCAAACACUUUUAUUUUUGCAUUCCACUGGGUUUACAACUUCUUAAUAGAGGGUGUAUGUGGAAAGCACAAAAGAAGCUCUUCCAUAAGGAAAAAAUUAAGUUUCUGAGUUUUUAAAAAUACAGAAUAUGUCUGUCUGAUUGGUAUUAGCACCAGUAGGGGGAAAAAGUUAACUCCAAAGGUAAUAGCAUAUUAUUAACCUUUCUUUAGAAAGGCUUAAUGUUCUUCAGUGAGAUGUGUACAUAGAUACCUACACGUGAAUCCAUGCACAUGGCCAUAAAUGACGAAUGAAUCUAUAUUGACCAUUUCCCAACACAUACACAGUAAUUUCUUACAAGCUUCCUGAGCUCACCAAAGAUUUGUAUCUGACACAAGCAGAACAGUCAAAACACUUAAUGCAGGAAGAGCUGGAGAAUUGGCCUUCUAAUUGCACCAAAUGGUUUUUGAAAGGCAGAUCUCACCUUCAACGGAAAGUCUAACACUGACCUCACAAGUAGUGCACCCUUCAGCUCAGACUGCCUGUUUCGCAAUUCAUAUCAGGAAGAAGUGUCCCAUGCAUGGACUCACCUGCUGCUCACAUGCAGUCCCUCCCUCCCCUUGAGGGGUGGAGUCUGUUUUCCUCUUGGAUUAGCACUGGGCUUGUGACCUGCUCUAUCCAACAGAAUACUGUGAAAGUGACACUGUACCACCUUCAGGUCAGGCACCAGAGCCUUGCAGCUCAGUUAGAAGGUGGCCCCAAGACUGCCACGCUGCCGGGAAGUCUGUAGUAAAAAUACCAUGUGUGAGAGAGACAUAACCGUGCUGGCUGAGGCUGGCCUCCAGCCUGCUGGGUUCAGUUAGAUAGUGACCCAAGUGAAACCAGGACAGGAGCCACCAGUCACUACAGACUCCGAAAGCAACAACCUAAGGGGUCCCUGGGGUUUGUGGUGUGGUCAUAGGUAACUGAGACACAACCACUCGCAUUAAGGAAGGAACUAAGACAAAUGUGAGUGCUUCUGGGAUUUGUUUCGAGUAGUUCCUUUUUAUUUGCAUAGGCACAACAAUUAGUAUGUUAUUAAAGUACCACACAUUUAUGCUCAGUUUCACUCUGAGUGGUGAGUUUCCAUUAAAUCUAGUCUCGGGUCCACGUGGUGCUAAGGGUCACAGUGGCUCCAGUCCAGCGGUGUGCAGACAUUGGGCUCUGGUGUAAAGUGAACACAGCCGGCCUACUUCCUGUCCAGAGGAACUGUGGCCCUGGGACAGCGUAUGUGAGAGACACAUCUGGUGUGUGUUUACACGGAGUGACAGAAAGGCUCUUGCAAGUGGCCUCUCACGUGGCUUCUGUAAUCUCCAUGUGGACAAAGGGCAUCCGGAACUAACAAGUGACUGUCACUGAAAUCAGCUGUCAAACUUGCCCCUACUUAACUCCUUAUGAGACUCCUGUUCAGUGGUUCCUCUCUCCCCUUAGACAGAGAGGGAAAUAGUCCCAGAAGCCAGCUCUGUGCAGCCACGGUUAUCAUUAUUAGAAUUAGUAUCAGCAGCAGGAAUUGAAAAGCAACAGUCACAGUGCACAGAGGCAGAACUAGAGGGCAUCCAAGUCAUUAUGAUUCGGAGGACAGGGAGAGACCCUGGCUGAGGACUUGCUCUGGUGCCAGGCCUGUAUUACAAAUAAACGAAACGCAUUAUGUUGCGUCUCAACAGGAAACUGAACUUCGAAAGAAGACUUCGACCUUUAUUUUGGACAGUUGAGGGGUUUAGGAGACAGGUUUGUUUCAGGUGAUGGUUGGCCCCACACAGGUGGCUUGAACUCAUCUGUAAAAUGAGAGCCAGUCUCUGUCUUACAGGCACGUGGCGAAGAUUUUAACUGAAAUGUGCCUCACUACCGGUAAGCACGUGUGGUGGAUAGAGUGCCUGCUAUCAUUAGUUAACAGGACAAGUGACCACCGAAAUAAAGUCUUACUUCCACACUCCCUUCUCUGUUUGCCAAGCAAAUGUGUAACUCCUUCUUGUCACCUUCCACCACCUUAAGAUGUGCCUGUAAGUCAGUCAGGUUUCAAGCUGGGAACGAUACUAUGUUUAUGCUGUGCCUAAACCGUCUAUUGCUCUGGGGUGGCAAAAGCAUGGUCUAAAAAAAACCACUCAGUUAGACUGAAGUCAUGCAUGUGUUUCACAAAACAUGGCCAAAAAAACCCCAAAGGUCUUGGGUCUCCCUAGCCCCACAAAUAAUUGAUAAUAGCAAACUUUAAACAAUUUUUUAAUUAAAACUUUAUUAUAAAGAACUUACAAACAAAAAAAAAAUCACACACCAACAUUAACCAGACCCAAAGUCUAUACACCUCAAUGACCUUUUAUAUAGUUAAAAUAGCCAUUCCGAAGCCAUGGAACUUCACACUGGAUUUUACACUUUCAUUAUCAAAUACAUUUUUGUGCACUAAUCCACCAUUAAAGAAAUAAAAAUGGAAAAAUCAUGACAGAAAACUAGAAAAACAAUUAGCUUUAUAUCCUCUUUCAUUAUUGGGGUAUUUAUUACUUGUGUUCAAUCCUUCCUCAUCACCUAAUAUUUACCCUUUAUUGCUCUCCUUUCUACAUGUUAUAUUGUACCCACAUGUAUAUUGGUUAUAUACAGAUGUAUAUAAACACACAUAUAAUCACAUGGAUAUGUGGAGAUAUAUACAUAUGGUUAGGAUCCCCAUGUGAGUACGAACUUAGCUUUCCCACUCCACACUAUACUCUUACACAUAGUAGUCUCCUUUCCCUUUCAGGGCAUGCCACAUAUGUUCUUUCACCCUCCCACCCCCUCUCCUUUCAAACCUUUGUAACCCUUUCCUGGUCCCUUUCUAGACUCCUGACCUCUAUCCACAAUUACUCCCCACCAACACACAUAUGUAACAAUUAAAAGCUAGGAUCCACAUAUGAGAAAGAACAUGCAGCAUUUACCUUUCUGGGCCUACCUUACUUCACUUAAUAUAACACUUUUCACUCCCAUCCAUUUUCCUGAGAAUUGCAUGAUUUCAGUUUUCUUUGUUGUUUUUGAAUAAAAUUGCAUUGUUUGUAUGUCCUGCAUUUUUAUUAUCCAUUCAUCAGAAGGGCCUUGAGGCUGGUUUCAUUUCCAGUUCCUUUAAAGGAGCAUGGAUGUGCAAGUAUUUCCGAGACAGGAUCUAGAGUUGACCUGCCCUAGCGGGGCACUAUGGUAAUUCCGUUUGGUUUCUGAGAAGCCUCUACACUGAUUUCCACAGCAGCUGCACCAGUCUACACUUUGACCAGCCGGGAACAACGCCCCCCUUUCCACAUCCUUGCCAGCAUUUGUUUUAAUUUGGAUUGUGGCAAGAUGGAAUCUCAAAGUAGUUUCAAUUUGCAUUUCCCCUGUGGCUAAGGAUAUAGAACACUUCUAAACAGAUUUAUUCGCCAUUUGUGAUUGAGAGACCUUCCAGGUAAGUUCAUUAGUGUAUUUGUUGACUGUGGGGUCUUCGGGGUUUUCAUGUUUGGAGUUAUUUAUACAUUCUAGAUAUUAAUACACCUCUGAAGUGUCACUGCUGGAUUUCACCCAUUCUGUAGACUCUUCGUUCAUCUGCUGAUGGCUUCCUUUGAUGCGCAGAGCUUCUUAAUUUUGUACGAUCUCAUUUGUCCACUGUUGGUUUUAUUCUUCCUUUUCAGAAAAAAAAAUCUUGUCUAUUCCUACGUUUUGAAUUGUUUUCCUAAGAACAUUAGUUUUUGUUUUAUAGAGCUGCUGCUGAUGAUGAUGAUGAUGACAGUGACUAUUGGGAUUUUUAGGAUUUCUAUCACAUCAACAAAACUACUGAUUCAUCUGUCCUACUUUCCUGAUCCUCCUAGUGAGCGAUUAGUCAAUUUCCAGCUGGAUUGAUGCUCUGUAGUGUUUGAUUCAAGCCAUGAAAAUUGCUUCAGUUCUGGAGUGAACAUGACUUUUCUAAUUUCAACUUACUUGCAAUAAACGUGCAUUUUUUACUGCUUUGAAUUGUAUUGGACAGUGAUGACAAAAAUGCAUGUUUCCAAUUUCAGUCCAUUCUUCUGUGAUUUGGUACCCAGGCUUUGCUUUAGGUGGUUCCAGAAGCCUGGAAACAACACCUGCCAAAUGUAUUUGGCCGGGCUCGCCUGAGGACAGCUGCUGCAGGGACCAGGCACAGGGACAUUCCCUAUGUUAGGCAACAGCCUCCCUUCAAAAACUGCCCCGAAGUCUACAUCUUCCAGCUCUGAAUGAGCAGGACUUGGAGUUGCUCAUGGUUUGCAGAUCCAGGCUCCUCACUCAAAAUGAUUGAAAUAAGGCAGACAUUAAAUGGAAACACUCAUGUGGCGUUAAGAGUCUCUGAAAUACAUUUUCCAGAACUCUGUUUCAACCCGGCCCUUUGUGUCACACAUUUGCAUACAACAUGGCCCCAUUCACUCAGCUGCCUACUCAUUGGCCACUCUCACACAGCUUCGAAGGCCUUUUGUUAUUAGAGUGAACUUUUAGGAGAACAUCUAGGUUAGGUUCACUACAGCAGAGCAGAUAGACAAUAAUAAUGCCCUGCAUUUGAAUUAUUGGGGGAUGUUUAGUCUUUCUUCCAAAAGAAGCCACAAGUCAUUUUAACUCCAGACUCAAG